AUGGAAGCAAUUGUGAUUAUUUCAACAUCACUGGAGGUCCUUCAGGAACGGAAACGGGAACAGCAUGUAACUGGUCAACAAGAGGCUUGCGCUGCUAUGUAUAACGGCACAUCAGGAGAGUGGAAUGAUAUAGCAUGCUUUAACAAAUUGGGUGGAGUAAUUUGUAAAAAGAACUGUUCGAACGCUUGUGGAGUUGCAUCGACAACUACCACACAAUUGACUACAACUACUACACAGCCAACUACAACAACAACCUUACCAACUACCACAACAACUUUACCAACUACAACAACAACCUUACCAACUACUACAACAACUUUACCCACUACCACAACUACUUCGCCCACAACUACCACAACCACUUUACCAACUACCACGACUACUUUACCGACUACCACAACCACCCAACCUUCUACAACAACUACCACCCAGCCAACUACAACCACAACAGAACCCUCCACUACAACUACCUUCAAUUGCGCUCAACCCCCAGUCACUUCAUUGCUGAGCUACAACCCUUCCGAUCCCAAAAUAUCAACUAAUGGCAAUACAACGGAGGGAGUUUGUGAAUGUCCAGCCGAUCCCGACAAUAAAAAUGUCUUUUUUAUUCCUGUUACAACGGUUACAACUGGUUCAAGUGCAAGUAGUUCUUCGGUCAUUAUGAAGUGUUCAAGGAUGCAAGACUUUUGUGUAUGCGAUGAAGACGAUAUUUGUUGGAAAGUAAUAAAUGCUUAUUCUCUUAUUGUGAUUAAUUCCUUCUGCGAUCCAACAUGUCAUAUGUAUGCACGAUUAACUAACUCUGCACCGUUUAACCAAACCUUCGAAAGCGAAUGUGGAAGAAGAAUUACACUGGAUGAUGAAUUGACUCCAAUUCCAAAUACAAAAUUUCAUACAUUCAAACCAAUGGGAAGCUCAGCCGACUAUUACAUCAAGGCUGCGAGUAUUCGAUGUCUUCAGGCAGGCGAGACUUGCACUCCAAUCAAAUGUUCGGGGACGAGAAAGCCCUCUCCCUGUGGGGCGCCUGAUAAGUAA